UUUCCGAAACCCGAUCACAGCCAUCUCCUUCCCCGAUUAGGCAAUUACCAUAAAUAAAAAUUGCGCUGCUACAAAUAAGAUAAACAAACCAGAGAAGGGAUCGUAAAACUUAAAGUGAAAAACCAGAGCUGAUCUAAAAGAAAAACAAAUUUCUUCGCUUCGUUUCUCCGCUUGUCUAUUUUUCUUGAUCACGUUAGGGUUCGGAGAGGCUCAGAAUAUGGCUAACGAGGACAAGGCUGAUGGAAAUCGUGCCAAACAAUUCAGGCCUCCCUUGUCUCGUGAAAUUUUAUAUGGUGAAGAUAAUUGGAUAAGUUGGGUUCAGCAACCAUUUAAUCUUGCAGCGCUAAUAGAAAGGCGGAAUAAGGCUCGACAUAUGAACUGGAUUCAUGUUGCUAGUAUCUGUAAUGAAAAUGGAGUGUCAGGGUUCGGGUGUAUUAUCCGUGACUGUCAUGGUAUACCCAUUUAUGCGUAUUCUGAAUGUGUUACUGAUGAGACUGAGCCAGUUUCAGAAUUUUAUCUGGAGAUGAAAGCAGUGGACAAAAGCUUAGAAAAAGCCGAAAAACUCAAGUUCAAGAAUAUUGCGGUCAUUACAUCAGAGGAUACUUCCUAUGAACUCAAUGAUUGUGCCGUUGGGCAAGAUAUUAACGACAGGUGGUGUGAAAGGGUCUUUGGUGACGAAUCAAAGAAACGCUUACUCGAAUACAAUGUGAUCCCGAGGAUCAGAGAUAUGUUCAUUUUCUUCCAAGCGUAGGUGGUGAAUUAAGUAGUGCAUUAUGUCUGGCAGGACUUGCAGCCAGUGAGGGGAAGGCGACACUUGAAUUUUCAUUUGAAAAGGGUCUGUUGCCACUAGGAGAAGACAAAAUUGUUGACCUGCUGAGAUUUCUCCACACAGAAGCAACUAACACAGGACCUUUUCAUCCGUGAAUGUGUUUCAACUCUCCAGCAUCAAGAUCCUCCAAGAAAGGUAACAGAAGCUCACUAGAUGCUGCUGUAUUAAUAAAUUGAACUCUCCAGUACUGAACCUGAUGCUUUA